CUAUCUCUCUUUUCUUUUCUCGUCAUUUUUUUUUCCAGAAUUUCUUGCUUUUCGUUGAAUUGGAUUCAAAAUCUGGCCAUUUCUUCUUCCUUUCUCUGCCACUCUGUGUUUCUUAUGUUUCUUACUCUCUCUCUCUCGCUCUUUCUCACAUCUCCUUCAUUUUCUCUCCUUCUUACAAGCACCAUGUGAACUCCCAUUCGAUCCAUCUACUUCUGGAACAUAAUCUAUCUUAUUCGAAUCGACAAGCAUCGAUUCAUAACCUUUGAUGAGUAGGAGUGAGAGAUCAGGACUAUAUCGGGAACCAUAGAUUUGAUGCAAAUAGUAUACUAUUUAUCCAAAAUUUACUAAAUAGUAUGAGUCUUUAGUAAAUACUAUAUCACUUUUAGAUACAAAAAUGACAUCUACGAUUUGUAGGUAUUGCUUUUGCAUUGUUUGAUGUAAAUUAGAGAAUAAAAGUUUCUGAUUCUGGAAUUGACUGCUUCUUUUUAUUGUGAUGCAAUCUGGUGUUGAAGAUGAAUAGAUGGUGAUGAAGCGAAUGGAUCAGAGUCGUCACCACCACCACGACAACCACCAUUGCAAUCAAUAUUACCACCAUCACCGCCGUCGUUGCCGACACCACCAUCACCACUCCUUAUCUCAUCUUGUUUUCUCGUCCUCUGUUCUUACCAAACUCACAAACUAUCUCUUCUCUUUCUCUCUAAAACAUAACCAAGCUUACAAUUUCACGCGUGUGUCCACACACUCAAACAAAUAUGAAGGAGUAUUUAGACAUUUCAUCUCCCAUAUGUGUUAUUUACUUAAUUUACCACAUUGUGCUGCUAUAUUCUUAAAUACUUUAUCAAAAUAGGUUAGUUUUGCAAAAGACCCUUUUCUCAUUACUACAUCCCCCAAAACUCAUAUUCUUUUUUUAACAUCGUUGUCUCCAACAACAAUGUCAAUAACUAAUGUACAAAUUUUCUCUAGAACAGAUGAAUUAGAUUGAUAUUUGAUAGUUACUAGUUAGGUGGUAAAAGAAGAAAAAUGUACUAGUAAAUUACUAACCACGAAUAAUUCAUUUUAUAGUCACUAAUCAUAAUAGGAUAGUAAUAUUAAUCGUUAAUUAUCUACUUUCAAGUUUCAAACUUGACUCUUUCUUUUUUAUAUUAUUUUUAUUAACCAUAAUAAAAGAAAAUAAAAUCAGGACACUGCUUUUUCUUCUCUAUAAAGAGAAAAUCUCCAAAAGCAAUAAGAAAUGUGAAGCUGCUUCACAGUCUUACUCUUCUACACACUCAAGUUGAAAUCAGAAGAAGAACCAUCAAUGGCUUCUUCAAUAUCUCUCUUUCUCCUCCCUCUCCUUCUUCUUCUCUCCCACGCUUCAGCUUCAACGGUAAUAUUCUACAACAAGUGCACGUACACUGUCUGGCCUGGGAUCCAGCCUAGCUCCGGCCAGUCAGUACUCGCUGGCGGCGGAUUUAAACUGUCGCCGAACAGAGCUUACACUCUUCAACUUCCACCGCUCUGGUCCGGUCGCUUCUGGGGACGCCACGGUUGCUCCUUCGACAGAUCUGGCCGUGGUCGCUGCGCUACCGGAGACUGUGGCGGUUCUUUCCUCUGUAACGGAGCUGGCGGUGUACCUCCGGCUACUCUUGCCGAGAUCACCCUCGGUCAUGACAUGGACUUUUAUGACGUCAGCCUCGUUGAUGGAUAUAACUUGGCGAUGUCGAUAAUGCCGGUGAAGGGUACGGGAAAGUGUACCUACGCUGGUUGCGUAAGCGACCUGAACCGGAUGUGCCCGGUUGGUCUACAAGUCCUUUCACGUGACGGGAAACAGGUAGUAGCCUGUAAAAGCGCAUGCUCUGCCUUUAACUCACCACGCUAUUGUUGUACCGGCUUGUUCGGUAACCCACAGUCAUGCAAGCCUACGGCUUACUCUAAGAUCUUCAAGGUAGCUUGCCCUAAGGCUUACUCAUACGCCUAUGACGACCCAACUAGCAUUGCUACGUGUUCUAAAGCUAACUACAUCGUCACUUUUUGCCCCCACCGCGGCCGUUGAUUAAAAUCUCACUUUUAAUGUAUUUACAUGAUUGAUUAUUUAGUACGAGGUUUCUAAUUCUUCUCAUGAUUGCUUAAUAACGGAGUUUAGUGUUUUUUCAAUGUCUUAUUUGUUCUUGUUCGAUGAUCUAGAAACUAAUCACUUAAGAUUUCAUGGAUUUAUUACAAAGAA